CUGAUAAUGGAAAAUGUUUCUGUUGUGAGAGUUUUCACCCUCUCUGGGAUAAAUGAGACGACGAACUACAAACUCGCCAUCUUCUCCAUCACUUUACUGUAUUACUGUAUGAUUCUGUUUUUCAACAUCUCUAUCAUCGCCAUCAUUAUCUUAGAUGAAGACCUGCAUGAGCCGAUGUACAUCUUGUUGUGCAGUUUUUGUGUUAAUGGACUUUACGGGACCACAGGUUUCUACCCUAAAUUUCUUCUAGAUCUGCUGUCGCCUGCUCCUGAAAUCUCCUAUGCAGGAUGUCUCCUCCAGGCUUUUGUCAUGUACUCGUUUGCCUGCUGUGAGUUGUCCAAUCUAGCAGUUAUGGCCUAUGACAGGUACCUGGCUAUAUGUCGACCGCUGCACUAUCACUCUCUGAUGUCCAAGAGGAGGCUCUCUCAGCUGGUGUGUUUCUCCUGGUUCAUACCUUUCUGUAUUUUCUCAAUCAGUGUUAUCCUGACGUCCAGACUCAGGUUGUGUGGCUCGAAUAUCCCGAAAGUCUUUUGUGUGAACUGGAUCAUAUAUAAACUCGCCUGCUCUGAAGCCGACACCUUUUCAAAUAAUAUCCUCUCUUAUGCAACCAUUAUCAUUUAUGUGUCUCACGGGUUUUUCGUCGUUUGGACGUACAUGCAUCUGAUUACAAACAGCAUUAAGUCCAAAGACGGCAGGGUCAAGUUCAUGCAGACGUGUGUGCCUCAUUUGAUUUCUUUGACCACGUUCCUUGUUGUGAUAGUUUUUGAUUUGAUGUACAUGCGGUUUGGCUCCACAGAUUUGCCUCAGGGCCUUCAAAACUUUAUCGCUAUAGAAUUUCUCCUCAUUCCUCCGCUGCUGAAUCCUUUAAUAUACGGAUUCAAACUGACCAAAAUACGAAAAAGAAUUCUGUUAUUAAUUCACGGUGGAAGAAAAUGA